GCACAACAAAGCCCAACAAAACAGGGACGGGGGACAGGGACUUUGGCCGGCUCCUUAAGACUCCGCGCUCCGGCCAGGGGGCAAGGCGGCAAGUAGAGGCGGCCGAAGGAGGGGAGACGCCGGCCGGUUCUGGAAGAAGUUUCUCCCCGCAGACGCUCCGAUCCAGCCUCCUUUGUUAUGGAGCGCCGCGAAUAACCGUCCGAGGGCUGCCGUCGCCACAAUUCCUGCUGCUGCCGCCGCCGGCCAGGUGAAGGCGACCCCGGCGCCGGUCCCGCGGCUGAGUUUGGUCCUGGGGGGAGCGCUCCCCUCCCGGAGAAGCCCAGCCCGGCGCGGGACGCUCUUCCUCCCGGCUGGCGCCCUCGCUUCCUCGGCGGCUUCGCGCGGCUGGCUGGCUGGCCGGCCGGCCGGCGGGAGGGCGCGCGGGCUCCUGCUGCUGCUGCCGCCGGGCGGGGGGGCGGCGGCCGUCGGACCUCUUCGCCCUCUCGGCCCCGUAUGCGCGCCGGCUGCCUCUAAGCGCCCGCCCGGGUUCCUCGCGAAGCCUCGCCGCUGCGCCCCCGCCGCAGGCAAAGCCGCUUGAAUGUACAACAUGAUGGAAAGCGAACUCAAGCCUCCCGCCCCCCAGGCGACUCCGGGGGGAGGCUCGGGGGGGAACAGCAACGCCGGGGGGGCCAAUAGCCAGAAGAAUAGCCCCGACCGGGUCAAGAGACCCAUGAACGCCUUCAUGGUCUGGUCCCGCGGCCAGCGGCGGAAGAUGGCCCAGGAGAACCCAAAGAUGCACAACUCGGAGAUCAGCAAGCGCCUCGGGGCCGAGUGGAAACUUUUAUCCGAGGCGGAGAAGAGACCCUUCAUCGACGAGGCCAAGCGGCUGCGCGCCUUGCACAUGAAGGAACACCCGGAUUAUAAAUACAGGCCCCGGCGGAAAACCAAGACUCUGAUGAAGAAGGAUAAGUACACGCUGCCGGGCGGGCUGCUGGCCCCGGGCUCCAACUCCAUGGCCGCGGGGGUCGGCGUGGGGGCCCCGCUGGGCGCGGCCGGUGUCAACCAGCGGAUGGACAACUACGCGCACAUGAACGGGUGGACCAACGGCGGCUACGGGAUGAUGCAGGAGCAGCUCGGCUACCCGCAGCACCCGGGCCUGAACGCGCACAACGCGGCCGCCGCCGCCGCCGCCGCCGCCGCCCAGAUGCAGCCGAUGCAUCGCUACGACGUGAGCGCCCUGCAGUACAACUCCAUGACCGGCUCGCAGACGUACAUGAACGGCUCGCCCACCUACAGCAGCAUGUCCUACUCGCAGCAAGCGACCCCGGGCAUGGGGCUGAGCUCCAUGGGCUCGGGGGUCAAGACGGAGUCGAGCUCCAGCCCGCCCGUGGUCACGUCCUCCUCCCACUCCAGAGCGCCCUGCCAAGGCGGAGAUCUCCGGGACAUGAUCAGCAUGUACCUGCCCGGAGCCGACGUGGCGGAGCCGGCCGCCCCCAGCAGACUGCACAUGUCGCAGCAUUACCAGAACGCACCUGUGCCGGGAGCGGCGAUAAACGGCACGCUGCCUCUGUCCCACAUGUAAGACCCAGGGGGCGGCGCGGGAGGGGGGCUCGGCAGGAAGGAUCGCGGAGAAACCCAAUCCAAGCGACAAACUUUUCUUAGCAAUGCUGGACUUUUCUGCCUUUCCCCCCU